UUGCUAAUGUUCCAUUCCAAUCGCCCCUUCCAGAGGCCAAGAAGACCCCAGCAACCCCAGCUAGCCGACCUCGAUAGCCUCCUCGCGAUCCUCGUCCGAAUCACUCGACCUGCUCCGGAGAUCCUCGCUGCUCGGAAUGGAAAUGAACUGCGGUGGCGCGCUGCAACUGCCGCCGGGGUUCCGGUUCCACCCGACCGACGAUGAGCUGGUGAUGUACUACCUCUGCCGCAAGUGCGGCGGCCUGCCCCUCGCCGCGCCCGUCAUCGCCGAGGUCGAUCUCUACAAGUUCGAUCCCUGGAACCUCCCAGAGAAGGCGAUGGGAGGGGAGAAGGAAUGGUACUUCUUCUCGCCGCGGGACCGCAAGUACCCCAACGGCUCGCGGCCCAACCGGGCGGCGGGGACGGGGUACUGGAAGGCCACCGGCGCCGACAAGCCCGUGGGCUCACCGCGCCCCGUGGCCAUCAAGAAGGCGCUCGUCUUCUACGCCGGGAAGCCCCCCAAGGGCGUUAAGACCAACUGGAUCAUGCACGAGUAUCGCCUCGCCGACGUCGACCGCUCCGCCGCCGCGCGUAAGAAGACCAACAACGCGCUCAGGCUGGAUGACUGGGUGCUGUGCCGGAUCUACAACAAGAAGGGCGUCAUCGAGCGGUACGACACGGUGGACGACGCCGACGACGACGUCAAGCCGGCCGCGGUGACCGCGGCCAAGAACCCGCGGGGGGCUGCUGCCGCGGCCGGCCGCGGCGGGGCGGCGGCGAUGAAGGUCGAGCUGCCCGACUACGCGUUGUACGGCUACGACGAGCCGGCGCCGCCGUCGGCGGGGAUGCUGUGCUUCGACCGCCCGUUCGCCCCGGCGCGGGAGCCGUCCGCGGACCGCGACUCGAACUCCGUGCCGUGGCUGCAGACGGACAACUCCAGCUGCGGUUCCGAGCACGUGCUGUCGCCGUCGCCGGACCUCCCGGACCGCGACCACGCCGAGAGCCAGCCCGGCUGGAUCGGCAUGGGCGGCGCCGACGACGUGUUUGUCGUCGACGGCGGCUCGCUGUUCGACCUGCCGUCGCCGGGCCUGUUCGCCCGCGACGUCGCCGCGUUCGGCGACAUGCUCGCGUACCUGCAGAAGCCGUUCUGAAUUCGCAACGACGCCGUGCGCCCUGCUCUAGCCCACUGACCACUGACAUGUAUGUUCAGGUCGUGUAACUCGGUUCAGGUGAAAUUACGAGUCGAUCUAGGUGUAGCACAGCGAAACCAAAACCACCGUGACACUCCCUGCAGCAGAUCAUAGAUAAACUGGGUGAAUUAUCCGCCCAGUCGCCGAUCGGGUGUGAGGUUUUCUGCACCACAUCAGGUUUUUUUGUUCGUCAGAUCGACGUACAACUGGUUGUUGUACAAUGAUCUUAGCUGCCGCAUGGUAGAUGACCGGUGAUCGUCGUUGGUAGAUAGCCGUCGGAUCGGGUCGAUAAAUCUAACCUGACAGUUUUUGUUGUGUUAGUUGGCAACUUGACAUGCCUAACGAAUUCAAAACAAUAAACAAACAGAUCAAGGAGAAGAAGAAAAAAUGCAAGUUUUGGAUUCAGGGGCUGUUGAUGGUAUUGUGUAUCUAGUCUAGUGGUAGAAUUGGUUCAGGUUGGUGGCUACUGGCAGACAGGCAACGCAGUAGGUUUUUGCUGAGUAUUAUAUGCGGUAAUCGCGACGUUAUGUACUAGAGUCGCUUUCGGUGGUCUCUCUCAUGACCUGGAAAGCCAAAUUUUGUAAUGCAAUUAUCGUAAUAAAGUGUUGUAAUCUGUAAUUAUACA